CAUUUGACGAUUUAAUCGGAAAAGACAUCACUUUGGGACCCAGACUUCACCCAGACUUCUACGGACCGCCUCCUGACUCUGACUGCGAGACUUCUGGGAGGAAAAACACGUGAGAUCUGUGUGAGCCAAAGCCCAGCUGUGCUCGUGACGUCCAGACCUCCUGCACACGUCCUCACAUCUGGAGUUAAGUCCUCACACACUCAUGGACACAAUCACAUACACAUCUAAACAAACAUGCACAUACAUACUCAGAAACAUAUACACUCGCCCACUCAUGCAAACACGCAUACUCCCUACUGCUCCUGCUAUGCCCUUCUCUGCUACUUCUGCUAUGCCCAUCUAUGUUGUUCCUAUUAUGCCCCCCUCCUGCCACUCCUGCCAUAGCCCUCUCUGCUGCCCGCGCUAUGCACCUUUCUGCUGCUCCUGCUCUGACCCCCCUGCUGCUCCUGCUAUGCCCCUCCCUGCUACUCCUCCUAUGCCCACCUCUUAUGCUCCUGCUAUGCUCCUCCCUGCUACUCCUCCUAUGCCCACCUCUUAUGCUCCUGCUAUGCCCCUCUCUGCUACUCCUCCUAUGCCCACCUGUGAUGCUUCUGCUAUGCUCCUCCCUGCUACUCCUCCUAUGCCCACCUCUUAUGCUCCUGCUAUGCUCCUCCCUGCUACUCCUCCUAUGCCCACCUCUUAUGCUCCUGCUAUGCCCCUCCCUGCUACUCCUCCUAUGCCCACCUCUUAUGCUUCUGCUAUGCCCCUCCCUGCUACUCCUCCUAUGCCCACUUCUGAUGCUCCUGCUAUGCUCCUCCCUGCUACUCCUCCUUUGCCCACCUCUGAUGCUCCUGCUGUGCCCACCUCUACCGCUUUUGCUGGUAAGCUCCGCACUCGUCGUAGGUUUCGCCAUGUUCCUUACGCUCAGGCACGCUCUGCUGCCCCUGCUAUUCCUGCUGUGCCCACCUCUGCUGCUCCUGCUCUGCCCACCUCUACUGCUUCUGCUUGCAAGCUCUACACUCGUCCUAAGUUUCACAUUGUUCCUUAUGCUGAGGCACGUGCUGCUGCUCCUGAUAUGUACCUCCCUGAUCUUCCUGAUACGCCCACUUCUACUGUUAAUCCUCUGAACCCCUAUGAUUGGUAUGCCCCUGCCUGCUCUGUAUACGUGGCACUCCGCUGACUUUUUUCUGGCACUCCACUGAUCCCAACUGACUAUGACAUUGUAUCAUAUUGUAUAUAGGUGUGGAAAAAAAAAAGUUUUUAUAUAUAUAUAUAUAUAUUGAUAUUGAUUGUUCUGUCAGACAGGGCUGUGUUUAGCUGCUUUGCAUGUUUCCUCAGAAGGGUCACGUGAUGGUGUAGUGUCAAGUUUUGUUGGCGGCUUACAUUGUCAGACAGUAGGAGAAGCAUACGCCCCCUACUGUCUGAUGCCUUCUCCAGGACUGCAUCCCAUUGCAUUUUGUUUGUCUAUUCCUUCCUGAUUUGAAGGACUUUGAAUGGGGAAAGGUCCUCACCUGAUACUCUGAAAGAUAUAAUAUUUAGAUUUGAAUUGCUUAAUUGGUAUGACCACAGAGGGUGGUAGCUAUAGCUUGAAACCCAUGAUAUGGCUGUUUCUGCUUGGAAAACAAGAACGAGCAGGUCCAAGGAGCAUAAAUUGUGACAAGUGAGCCUACUUCUUAUCACACACAGGAUAAAAUGCCAAACAGUAGGGGGGCUUCAGACUUUUUUUUUGCAGUGCCUGACUAUUUAUGCAUAUACAAUCUAAUUUGCAUAUGUAUAUAUGUGUAAAAACAUAUUUUAUGUUUGUGAUCUGAAUUUGUGGAUCUCCUAAUUUGUGUAUUCUUCAUCAACGCUUUACACAUUCCAUGAUAUAUAUAUUAUGCAUUGUGGAAAAAUCUGAGAUUUUGAAUUCAUUGUUUUUGCUGCAUCAAUAACUUAAUAUAACACAUUUUCACCCCCACAGGGUGCGUACCCUACUCUGCUGUUUAGUGCCUUAUCCCAUGUGUGUGAUAUGCUCCUUGAACCUGUUCGUAUUUUUAUUUUCAAAUACAAACAGCCAACAGACAAACAAGAUGCUGUAGGAUGCAGUAGGGGGCGUAUGCUUCCCCUACUGUCUGGCAAAACCAUGUAAGCCGCCUACAAAACACUCCACUACAC